AGGUAAUUACAGUCGAGUCUAAGCGUUCACUUUAUAUGGCAGCAACUAACAUCUGUUGGCAGUCUGCUAUAAACAGAUUAAGAGUUUUCCAACCAUGGCUACCAAGUAUGUGUAUCAUUAUUUUAAUGGACAGGGUCGUGGGGAAGCUGUCCGUUGGAUCUUCGCUUUAGCCGGUGAGGAUUUUGUGGAUCAUCGUAUUGACGCAGCCGAAUGGCCCGAGUUCAGAUCGCAAACUCCUUUCGGAACAUUACCGUUCUUGGAAGUGGAUGGUAAAAUUCUGGGAGAAAGUCUGACCAUUCAGCGUUUUCUUGCACGCCGAUUUGGCCUGGUUGGGAGCAACGAAUGGGAGCACGCCAGAGUUGAUGAACUGGUCGAUUAUGUUACCGCAAAAGCGGAGCAGGUGCGGGAACAUUACUUGAAAGCCGCUGAAACGCCAUUAACGAAAUUGCAAGACAUGUUAGCGCAGAAUGACAAAGGAGAAGGGUAUUUUGUCGGACAAGCACCAACUUGGGCGGAUAUUGCGAUCACCUGCUAUCUGGACACCAUUGAAAACUUUGAGCAAGGCUUCCUGGCGAAAUAUCCAACACUGAAAGCCUAUCGAGAACGUGUUCGCAAUUAUAAAGGAAUUAAAGACUGGAUAGCAAAGCGACCAAAAACAGCGUGGUGAUCUUUUUUUCUCUGUUUAGACUGCAAUUAAGAGUAUAACCGUACGUAUCUUGCCGCAUAUUGUCGACAUUUCUUGCUUGUUUACCGUGUAUCUUUGAGAAUAACUGAGAUUUAUGCUCUGACAUUUUUAGAGUAAUUCAAUAUCUUAAAGUUAAAUUUAACAAAGUUUUGAAUGUAGUGAUUUGCUGCAGUUAUUUUAGUUUUCCGGGAUCGAUGUAACACAUCGUAAAAUGUACUCUGUAGUGACCGUAGUUUCAUAAUAUGGUUGUAAUGAGUGUUUUAUCAUAAGUUUCUCACAUAUUCUGUGCUUCUAGUUUUGUCGAAAACUGCGGUCACCAAAAUAGCACUGGAGGACAAAACCAGAAGGAAUAGCUUGAAGAAUUUCUUUUUGAUGCAGACUGAUUAAAUAAAGAUAAAGCAUAUCGAUGACCGUCACAAACGCAUGAUCGAUUAUCAAUUUUUUCUUGUUAUGCAUCCAUACUUGGGCCACAAUAUGAAAGUAGCGGGUAAUUUUGCGAUAUUGCAUCCGUUUGCUCAAUAACUCAAUGAAAAGCGGGGUCGGGUGGUUUGUUAGUUGUUCAAGGCAGCGCAAUUUUGACAGGAUUGAAUUUUAUCAAGCCAAGUGGCUACAAGGACCCUCCACACUACAAGCUGUUCGUAUGUUGUUGCUUUUUGUUAUCACGUUUCUUUUGUACUACGGGUGAGCAGACCCUUGAGUUGAAUGAGCGAAGCACGGCCCACAGCGCCCGCUACUGCAUCUGCAGACCGGCAUAGCCGAGCCAUAGCAGCGGAAAGGAUCGGAGCAUCCGAUGCUGACCGGAUCGUUUAUCGUUUCUGGUCUGCAGAUUAAAAUGGAUGGAAUUAGAUUUGCGCCGGAUGGAAUGGAUAUCGGAUGGAAUUGUUAGCCUCCGGGAGGCCUUUUACGGUGGGAUCGAUUGACUCUAGACGCCCUUGCACAGGCGAAAACGGCAUAAUGUGUAAAGUGUGGAAAUGUCCGUUUGCUAACACGGAACAUCGUAGAUAGUACUAGAUAGUGAUACGGUUCAUUACAGUACAUGUUACAGUAAACAUUAUGCAGCCUGCGCGCGGAAGCUAACGAACGCUUGCUACAGUGCAACACAUAAAAUUAAAACCAACAGUACAAAUGUUCUAUGUACACGGAACACUCCACGUGUUAGUAUAAAUGAAUGUAUUAUAAAACAAUCAUAUUAAACGUAAUUAUUAUAGAACAUUCUGUUUAUUAUGUAUUUUACAAAAUUAAAUUAUUACUGAGCGCGGUGUACUUUAUAGGCAGAUUGAAUCCACAGUACCGCUGCCAGAGUAGAAAAACGAUUUACACACAACUAUGCAAUUAUUAUGUGACUUAAG